AUGGCCGAAGAAUUGGCGGAAUUCUUCCGGAAUCAAGACAUGAAAGAAAGAAAAAGGCGCGCGUCGCCAUUGGUGGCAUGCAGCGUGUGCGGCGGUGUGUGUUGCAAUGAUGAUGGAGCGCGGCGAAUGUUGGGUAACGAGCUGUCUACCUCAGCGACAGUCAGGGACGUUCUGUUGGAAGCUUUGGGACAGCCUGCCGGCCAAGACCCCUUCCUGGACCGAAUGCAAGCGGAAUUGUGCCAGCCCUGCUUUGGGCUUCUGCACCGCAUUCAUGACCUCAACACCGAAUUGGCGGACCACCACCAACUCUUGGCCCAGCUAUACGCAAAUGGUGAUGCGAGACAGGACUCGCAUACGUUCCUCGUUGGUUAUUUUGAUCGAAGAAGGCGGAGGAAUGAGAACGACGAAGUGAUCCAAUCAGGAGAGGAUGAUGAAGGCAACAGUGGUUUGGAACCCAUCGUUGAUACACACGAGGUUUGGGACAGCAUGGCGGGGUUGCGUGGACGGCAAGAACGGGUUGGACGACGGGGCCAGCGACAGUUGGCAGGGGUUCGGAGCCCACCACCUCUUUUGAAAGAAGGAAAGAGAAAACGUCGAUUAACGUGCGUGACAGACAAAAAGCUUUACGCAACGGCCAAUGAGUCUGCACAGCAACGUGCGUCGAAAACGCCUCGACGCAUGCAACACUUUUCUUGCAUUAAGCAAGAAUGCACCACGUCCACUACUACGAAUGGAAAGGCUGUUGAGGAUUGUUUGUCAAUAUUGCUGGCAACACUUUUGGACGGUGGUGGCAUUGAUAUGAAUGUUGAAGAGGACGAACUCCAAUUGACAACAGCGUGGGGACAGGCCGUGUGUUUUCUCGGCGGGAGCCUGGAGGGUGCCCCAACACGCGUCAGUUAUGAAGACGUACUGGGAGAGCCGGAGCUGAAGAUGUCAGGUCGCUACGUGAGUGCGUGCUGUGACUUGUACGUGGAAUGCUCAGUUUUUGCCGAUGGACGUCCCGUUGCUUUUCCAGUGCAGACCGGCUAUAAACCGUUCACAAACCGUUGGAGCUGGAACGAGUGGGUAUGGCUACCUGUGAAGUGGUGCGAUUUGCCACGCAGUGCCGUCCUGUGCUUGACGGUGUGGGACUGCCACGGGCCCGGAAAGCGGGCCCCAGUAGGUGGCACGACUUUGUCCCUGUUUGGUGCCCAUGGACAGUUACGGGAGGGCAUCCGAGACCUCAAGGUUUGGCGGGACGUUGAAGCAGACGGCGGAUCCGUCACAAGUACGCCGGGGAAACUUGUGGUAGAGGACGGUCAUCAGGAAAUGCGUCGAUUGUCUAAGCUGGUCAAGAAACACCGGUCUGGUAGGAUGCAACGCGUCGACUGGCUGGAUCGCAUGACUUUCCGCGAGAUUGAACUCAUCAACGAGCGCGAGAAGCGUGCCACAAACGAAAUGUAUCUCGUGGUGGAGUUCCCACGCUUCGAAUUCAAUGGCGUGCAGUAUACAAUUGUUUACUUCGAACCCGACGGUGAAGAGGUUUUCCAGGCCCGAGGAAAUAGCAGCUUCUCGGUUGUGGCGGACUUCGAAAUGUUUCAAGAAAAUCUUGUUGAAGCAAAACAUCAGAAGUUGGCGCGGUCGCUGCGGAGCGGGUUGUCUGAUCGUGACCUCAAGCCCAAUUCGGGGAUCCGGGAUGCCCUGCAGCGAAUCACCCUUUACCCACCGACGCAGCACCUCACACCGGAAGAGCAGGACCUUGUGUGGCGUUACCGCUUUUACUUGACAGCCAACAAAAAAGCCUUGUCCAAGUUUCUUCAGUGUGUGCCUUGGGGUCUUCGUGACGCGUGCAAGCAGGCUGGUGAGCUGCUGACGCAAUGGUCGCCGCCGGAUCCUGAAGAUGCGCUGGAGCUUCUGGGCCCUAAGUUUGAUGCCUACACGGCCCAGCGGAUGGUGCGAAAGUAUGCCGUGUUGCGCCUCAAAGAGGCGCCAGAUGACGACCUCUUGCUGUACCUCCUACAAUUGGACUUCAUGACGAAUAGAUCGAUGAGCGUUGAGAAGCAGAGAGCGGCGCAUGGAGGAGCUGAAGCAACAAACGGACUUGGAGAGCAACAACAGCAAACACUGCAACGUGCAAUCAUUGGAGACGGUGAUGAAAGACGGGACGCUGAAGGAGUUGAGUUUGGAUUUGGACCAGACCUGGACCUUGCCAGCUUCUUGAUUCAUCGCUCCUGCCAUAACACUGUUCUCGCGUCCUAUUUGCACUGGUACCUGUUGAUUGAAUGCGAAGACCCGGUCGGGGGUUCCCCCACGCCUGCCACUUGGUCCUCGUCAUCGACGUCAUCCGUGAUGGCGACAACUGCGAUUACUGCUUCACCAGGAGCAGGCAAUACUGCCUUUAGUGCUUUGUCUGGUAAGGGUUAUGGCGAAGAAGAGCGGGUGACCGUGCCGGCAGAGAGAGGAGCUGAAGAUACUGGGCGAGAAGAUAUGCCCGACUUGAAUAUCAGCAAGCCUCAGAGGAUAGACUCGCAAGCUGUGCGGAACAUGUACUUGGCCAUCAUGCGGCGGUUCCAGCACGCCUUGAUGAAAGGCGGGAAAGAAUGUAGGUGCCGCCGGUCGCUGUUGGCCAAACAGCAGCACUUCGUGGAUAAGCUUGUAGGGCUCAUGAAAACAAUUGCACGUGAAAGCGGGAACCGGCGCAAAAAGAUCGAACGUCUGCGUUCGUUGUUGUCUGACCCACAGAGCCACAAGCUUAAUUUGUCUUCGUUUGAUCCCUUGCCGUUCCCAUUGGACCCGGGCGGCAUCAAGAUCGUGGGUGUUGUGCCGGAAAAGUCGUCAUUGUUCAAGUCAUCCCUGAUGCCGGCCAAGCUUGCAUUCCGCACGAUUGACAAUACAGACGUGGUGGCCAUUUUCAAGCAUGGUGACGACCUGCGGCAAGAUCAACUCAUACUGCAAAUGAUCAUUUUGAUGGACAAGCUCAUGAGGCGGGACCAUCUGGACCUGAAGCUGACCCCGUAUCGCGUGCUGGCGACUAGUACGAAACACGGCUUUGUGCAGUACGUGGAGUCGGCUGCGAUCGCGGAGAUACUCAAUCAGGACGGUAGCAUCCAAAACUUCCUCAGAAAACACAAUCCUUCCGACACAGGCCCAUAUGGAAUUGCAACAGAGGUGAUGGACAACUACGUGCGUAGUUGCGCUGGUUACUGCAUCAUCACCUAUUUGCUCGGCGUCGGAGACAGACAUCUCGACAAUCUCCUUCUCACCACAUCAGGCAGACUCUUCCAUAUUGACUUUGGAUACAUUCUUGGGCGUGAUCCAAAGCCGAUGCCGCCGCCCAUGAAGUUGAGCCGUGAAAUGGUGGAGGCCAUGGGUGGCCCGGGCUCGGACCAGUAUCAAGAGUUCAAAAGCAAAUGCUUUACAUCAUUUCUUUAUUUGAGAAGACAUGCUAACUUGAUCAUCAACCUGUUUGCACUCAUGGUUGACGCAAACGUGCCGGACAUUGCGCUGGAGCCGGACAAGACAGUUAGAAAAGUCCAGGACAAAUUUUGCUUGGGCAUGAGCGACGAAGAAGCUGUGCAAUACAUUCAGGGCAUCAUUGAUGAGUCUGUGUCUGCAGUCAUGCCUAUGCUGGUGGAGCAAAUCCAUAAGUUUGCGCAGUACUGGCGCAAGUGACGAUUUUUCCAAAGCUUGAUUUCCGUAUUUUUCGUUGUUCCCAUUCCAUUGCAAAUUUUUUUACAUAUAUUGUAUGAGAACAGAAAUGCAAUGAACUAUCCAUCCUCUGAA